AUGCCCGCUCCGCUGCCCAGGAUAGGGUGCCCUUCGACGUUGCUCAUUAUUCAUCGUCUUGUCAGCUUGAGAGCAAUCGAGAACCUCACAUGGCCGAACUCUAUCUUCGGUCUGAACGCGAGAGACCGAUCUGCUUUCCCUUUCUCGUCUACAUCAGCACGCCAUGUGUCUCCCAAGGACAAGCACGUGAAGACCGGGAGACCUGCGUGCUUGCGUGCGGCGUGCCUGCUCGCCGAUUGCAAGGUCAGGGCUCGGUCAGGCCAGAGGGUCGCGUGCUACAGGGUAACACCAAAACUAUGCCACGACGAGAGCGCUGAGGCAUCCUCACAGCUUCGCUUCGACGGCAAGAUGCCUUCUCAGGCAGACAUGAAGGAAGCUUUUGCCAAAGCACAAGCUUUCCCCGCCCCGGAGGCGUCAGAGGAUGCAUGGUGGGGACAUCUUGAAUUCUGA